UCUAUAUUUAAAAACCCGUCACCGAUUGAUUACACAUUUAUUAUGACUACAUGCACACAAUUCUCCGAACCACGAUGAGGAAGUUUAAUUGAAUCUAUCAAAAUGGCGACAUAUCAGCAAUGAAGAAAUUGUAGCUAACCUUUCGGGAUAGAUGGUAUUAUUCUCCUGUUAAUUUUUCAAGGGACCUAUUUUAAUUUUCUUUGUUAAUAUCUUAUUUCGUUGACGCCAGUAAUCUCUUUUAUCAUUCAAAUAAUCGGCACUAAAAAGUGAAUUAAGUGUAUGCAAUUGCUUAUGAUACUAACUGUAACAUCACAACUGCAUUGUGAAGGCGAUACCCUGUUGCAAAAACAAUAGCCUCGUGUUCCUGGAGAGUUAACGACAGGAGAAAAGAACGCCCUGUUAAACAUUUCAUAAAAACGAUUCCACAAUAAAGGGUUUGGUAUCAUCUUGAUUCAGGUUUUCAUUAACUGAUUUAUUACCAUCGAGAAUUAUAUAUACAUCAUAAAAAUGAUUCCACAAUAAAAACGAAUAUCUUCAUGAUUUUUUUUACAGAAAACCAGAACUUUACAUAUAACAAUGCAUAAACACUUUGCUUGUCAUAUCAAAUCGGUCAUUGGAAUUUUCAAAACUGAUAAGAAGAGUUCUGAUCCAUCUCAGUCUGUCAUUUUUUGUGUUACACACCACAAAAUCAUUUUUGUUUGAUGAAAUGAGUGUCGUUGAUCUUUUUUUUUUAUUCUGAGCGGACGGACAAGAUUGUGGGAAAGGUUGAAAGUAUGUUAUUCAACCUUGAAUCUGAAAUAGCAAAAAAUUGGAAAAUAAUGGUUCUAAAACAACUGAAAUAUCGGACACUGAAGCGAUCGGUUGUGGAUGCUGUUAGCAGUGAGAUAAAAAAAACAAAAGACAUGAAAGGAAGAGGCACAGACAUAACCAAAGAAAAGGUACCUAGACAACAAAAGCAAUCACCAACACUGAUGAACUUUCAUGUUUACGCGACUGGUACAGGCGACCCUUAUCCAAGUGACGUCUGUCAGGCACAGGUUGCACGUGCAGAUACGAAAGAGUGGGAAUAUGAAAAAAAUAUCAAAAAGAUAGAAAGGGAAUUAAAUGACACAAAGGCAAAGUUGCAUCAGGCAAAGAAGGACAAAACAUCUCUCGAAGACAAAAUGCGCAAGAUGGCCAAAGACAAGCUUACCCACAAAAAUCCAGUGAGCAGAGACAUGACUGACCCCAACCAAACACAGAAGCUGGCAGCGAAAUAUGGCGAACUUUACGAAAAUGAAUGGAUUGACGCCAUGCAUAAACUAUAUUCAGAGAAAGGGGAACGCGAAAAAAUAGACCUCCUGUCAGCGAUACUAAAGUUUUGUUACAGUGAAUGUGAAAGGAUCGCUGACAGUCAGUUAUCCCAGCUUGAACUAGUAUGUUUCUGUCUUCAAUCCUCAUACAAACAACAGGAAAAACUACCAGAGGGAUCAGAGGCAAUCAAACGCAAUCUGUUAGACGCACAGCAUGGCGCUUCUAAUUUUACAAAGAUGGCUGUUGUUGAUAUUGCGAAAGCAAGUCUUGUAAAGGAGAAGCAUCUUAAGGACAAAGCGAUGCAGAUAUUGCUGUUCACAGAAAGUUGUAUCGAGAUAUGCUGGAGCAUGGUAACACGUCAUCCACGAAUUUUUCUCUUUUGGCCCGAUGUGAGUAAAGAGAAAAAGAUAAACUUUGAAAUGUUCCAGGCAUACACUAGAUCAGGUGACACUGUGGAGUACGGUGUCUGGCCCGCUAUGCUACUCUACAAGGACGGUCCAUUGCUGAGGAAAGGAACCGUACAACCAGUAGCCAGAUAAGGCGAAGCACCCUAUGGAAGAUGCAACCUUGACAUUUCUGCAGAAAAGUUGUAAACAUAUGCUAGCAAGAUAAAGUCAUUCUUAAGGAGCCAUUAUUUAAAAGACAAAGAUGAAUCUCCUAGUGUUUUCGUAUAAUUUGUAUUUAACGUAAUUAUUAUUUGUAGAUGAAACGUUAUUUCGUGUUUGUAAAAAAGCCUUUCUAUUUUAAUAAGCAGAAACUAUUUAAUAUAUUAGAGAGGUGUUGCUUAAAUUAUUUUGUUUUUUAAUUAAUUUUUUGUCGUUCCGUGAUUUUCAUUACAGAGGAACCAAGGCCGUUUGAUCACUUGCGGCUGUUAUGCAUUAUAUCUCUUUCUAUGUUUGCUUCUAUAAACUCUAUGAGUAUUUUUACAGGGUUUAUUUAGAGAUUUAUUCAUAAUUAUAACUUUGAAACCUAAUUUAUGCAAGAGUUUUAUUGCGAUGGUUCUACUACCUGGAUAUCUUUGGUAAAGUGAAUUUAUUCAUUUGCUGUGAGUAAAGAAAAAUUGUUAACUUUUGUCAUUCAAUUAUUCAAAGAUUUAUAUAAUUAAAAACAAAAAUCAGACCAAAUCAUACUUGAGCACUCAUAUGAUAUUUCCAUUUUAGACAGAAAGUUUUUAAAUUAUUAAUGUUAUUGUAAAUUAUUUAUACUUAUAUUUUUUAUUCUAUGGAGAAGGUACAUACGUUAUAAAUAGCAUCUUCUCAUCAGAAUUAUGCAACUAUAUAGAGAGGAAUUGUGAGUGUAAUGAAACGGUGUAGGACACUUUGUGAUCGUAAAGGUUCGCAUAAUCAAAAAAAACAUAUUACUUAUUCAUCUAAAGUAUAGCAUUUUACUAGAGUUGAACAUUCUUUGUCAAUAUUGAAUAUGAUCACUACCCACGGGAAAGUGAGCCUGAUUUUUAUCAGAGUAAAUGAAUUACACAAAGUUAUAUUCUAGUCAUUAGUCAUUUAUGAUGUGAUCGAAGAGCAGACAAUUCCUUGUGAGACUAGUCCUGUAACAGUACUGAACAGCAUGCAAAUAAAUAAGAACUGAAGUAAUUC